UGACUCGGGAGAUGAGGGAGUCAUAUGGGUAUGGGGUAGGUCUCCAUAGAACUUUUCUAAAACUUCAUCGUUCGUAUGACCAGCCUUUAGGGUUUUAUUAUCUCCAUCUCCACUUACACACCCCUUGGCCCUUGUACUUCGGGCGCGGAAGAGAAAAUUACUCGUGCAAUUAGUAUCUGCAGAAAUGGAGACUUCACUCAGGUAUUGUGUUGGUUCCAAUUCACUUAAGCUUCACGCCAAGGAGAAAUUCCCUUUGGACUCCGCCACUCAUUUGCAGGUUCAUGGGGAAUUAGACACAGAGACUGGAGGUCCGAGUCACUUGAGUGCAAUGAUAAGACACUUCUAUCAUAAUGUAUAUUCUUCACUCAGUUUUGGGUUGCUAUAUGAUAGGAAAGAGGCUCUCCGGUACAGUGUGCGUGGGAAGAAAUCAUUUAGUGUUACCACUGAUUUGUGCCUUAAUUUUCAAAUCAAGGGGCGAUGUGAUGUUGAUCAAGAAUUUCAACAGAGGAAAUCAAGUGGGGCAGCAGAAUUUAUUUGGGAUGUUACAAACUUCAAUAAAGAUCAAGACCUGAGGAUCAAGGUCGGAUAUGAAGCCUUUGAAAAGGUCCCGUAUGUGCAGAUUAGGGAAAAUAAUUGGACGCUGAACGCAGAUCUUAAAGGGAGGUGGAAUGUUAGAUAUGGCUUAUGACUCUAUUAUUAUUAAUAUAUUAUUAUUAUUAUUAUGGGAAUCAUGCUAACAAUAUUCCCAGUUGCAGAAAAUCAUCCGCAGAUGCUUGCGAGUUGCGAGGCAUGUACAAUGAAUGUUGUCCAUUAUUUUUAACUUUCUUUCGGGUCGUUAUGCAUGCCCUAUGUUAUUAGAGUUUGAAAUAUCUGUUUUUUUACUCCCGUAUGUUGCAUUUCAUCCUUGUUUCUAUCU